AUGAGAUUUCUCGUCAUUUUCUCUGUUUUUCUCGAAUUUUCAUCGAUUUUCUCGGCCAACGACGUCGAUUGGAGUCUUCAGAAGUUGUGCGCAUUCAAAGAAGGAACGUUCACGGAGAGAUCGAAUGUUUGAGCAGUUUUUGUCAAAAAUUUCCAAAAAACUAACAAAUUUAGGAGGAAACGGGAGACGUUUGUACCAUUUCGUUCAAUGUUUUCACUGAGAAUAAGCACAACGCUCUCAAAUUCUGUCAAGACAACUUUCCGUAUCAUAUAACGAAGGCGGUCACCGGAAGACCCACUGUUUGCACCGCAGGUACUUGUAGCGGAAGAACCGAGCGGCAUCAUACCAACUAUUCCAGAAGCGACGUUAAUUUGCAAAGACGAUUGGGUCCAAAUGUUCGGGCGAUGCUACAAUAUGAACAAGAAACUGAAGACCUAUGAUGACGCCAAAAAACAUUGUGAAGAGCAGAAGGCAGGCAUCGCAUUCCUUCACCGAGACGCACUCGUCGCACGCUGGAAAGGUAUGGACAGAGAAAGUUAGACCACGCCCCAAAACCAAACUUUUCUUCCAGACUACUUCAGUCGUGUCUCGCGGAUCUGGCUCGAAGCCAGCGAAGUGUACACGAACGAUCUGUUGUACAACAAGGGACCCAACAUGAUUCUGGCGUUCGACGCGCACCGCUACGGCAUGCCGAACAACGCGCUGGUCCGAGUGCCCGUCGACGAGAAGGCGAUGGUUUUGUGCGAGUACACGCCGAAAAUCAAUCGGGCGGAGACGAACUAUCUGCUGCGGAAAUACGGAGAAAUCUACUAUAAAGCGGUUUUGACCGACGAAGGAGCCUACGUCCGAUCGGCGAGCAUGCUGAAUCGGCGCGACGGAGAGAGUGCGGAGGAUCGGCUCGCCCAACAUCGGUACUGCGAAAAGGUGCUCCGACCGUUCAUGCGCUCCCUGGGCGCACAAUCGGCGAUUCCGACGCAGACGUUGCUCGAGAAGCUGACCGAAUCGAGAAAGGCCGAGAUUGUGCGAGUGUCGGCCCAAUCGCAGGACUCGACCAAAGGCAGCCGCGUCAAUCCGACUUGCGCCGUCAGCGAGGCCAACAAUUAUGGCUGCUGGAUUACGGAUGAUGUGAGUCGUUGUUGGUUUGGCUGAAAAAAUCGAUAAUCGAUAAUUUCAGAGCGAUAAACCGAUGUACGCGAGACUGUCAAAGAGCGGAGUGGGCAUUUGGGCGAAGAAUCAGCCGAAAGAGGUGUGCGACGGAGGUACGUGGAGCUCCGGAGUUGUGCAGAGGUUCGUGUGAAAACGUUUUUGAAAAAUGAAUAAUUGCGGAAAAAAGGAGGAGGAAUUGAGCAAUCUGAACAGGUUUUGUGGAAAAAAUAACAGCAAAAACUGAGUUACUGAGAACAAAAUAAAAAGACAACCGGUGAAAAAACUUUUUUCAGCCGAACACCAGAGCAGAAAGGUCUCGAAGCGAUGUCGGACGCACGUUUCGGGCCGAUCUACUGCCAAACACGUUUCGCGAGUCAAACGUACGGCGGCUGCGCCACCGGAUAUUGGGAAUUUGUGCGAUCGAACGGACAAAAGUGGUGCCACAAGUUUGUGAGCAAAAUGGUCACUUACCAAGAGGCGGUCGCGCAUUGUCAGAUGGAAGGAGCCCUUGUGUCGGGGUACUCAAAUCAGACCGAGCUCGACAAAAUGCAUGGUAUUCAUAUUUUCUCGAAGGCAACUGAAAAGGAUUGUCCCGUUUCAGAGGCAAUGAACGUGGCGGAGGCGGCCGGCACCGAUUUCAAAAAGGGCUCGAAUCAUAAAGUGAAAAACGUUUGGAUGGGUGCGAGACGUCGAGAAGAAUGCAUCAAGUUCCCCAGAGGCUUCGACGAGGCCGAAACGCAUCCGUGCUCGCGAAAACGAGUCUUCGAGUGGGUGAACGGAGUGGCCAGCAAUCCGCCCGAUCUCAUGAGCAAUUGGAUGGCCCCGUCGGAGCCCAACUACCAGAAAACGGCGGAAAAGUGUCUGGUGCUCAUGAAGGGGCUCGUCGAGAACUGGCAAACUGUGCUGAACGGCGACAAGAAGGUGAACGACGUGCCGUGCGACGAGAAUCACUACUUCUUCUGCGGCCAGGAACCACAGAUUGAGUUGAAGGUGGCCAACGAUUCUUGA